AUGGACAGAAUUUCAUUGAGAGACGAGACGGUUUCCGAUGACUACAAACUCCGCUUUAUUACAAAAUGCCUUCAAGGAAUUUAUAUCCACAGAAAAACCGAUGUCAGUCGAUUCGUCGCGUGGCUGAAAUGCGAGCAGGAUCAGAUCUUCGAUAGGAGAUGGUUCAUGUCUAACGUUUGUGUCCUCAUUCAAAAUGGAUUAUUUGUCUUUGAGCAUUUUAUGACUUUCAAAAUCAUUGAAAAAAUGGUUCAGUCUGACAAAGAAUUUGGAGAGCUGAUUUUCAGCGAGUCUUUUCGCGAAAUAAUGAAGAGGGGCGCCGAAACAUAUCGAUUGACGGGCGAUCUCAUCCUCCAUUUUGGCCCGACAUUUUUCAAAUAUAUGACAGCCAUGACCGAACGCAAUAUUCCGCUGCCGGAAUAUUACGUUGAAUUCCGAGCCGAUUUUCGUGUGAUGAUGAUGAAAUUCGAUAAAAAUUUUCUUGUUGACGUGCUGACAAAGUACAUGGUUAUGAUGGCAAGAUCUCCUAAUCUUGAACAUUUCGACGUUGAGCUUCGAGAGACGUUCGAGGCGGUCUAUUGCUUAUUGAGCAUCUAUGAAGAUGCCAACUUUCAAAUGGUGCUCGCUGUAAUUCAAAUGUUAAAAGAGGUGUCACUCAUUGAGCACAUCAAGGAUAGACAAAAUCUCUAUUUCGGAGUUCUCAUGGAUGAGCUGAUUGCGACACCGGACUGCAGAACCCCGGAGAAGGCUUUACAGCUCUAUUGUGCACUCACCAAUCUCAUAUCGCAUAUCUGCAUGGAAGCAGGAUUGGUUCCCAUCACUCAUCCGUACGCACAUCGCAAUAUUGGACAAAUCAGACUCAUCGAAAAUGUGUUUUCAUGGCUCAUAAAACAAGAAGAAUACUUGACAGCUCCUAUCAAUUACGGAAGUACUAUUCCGAGUUGGUUCAAGCAAUUGACAGCGGCAAGUGCGCUGGAUCCAAGAUCAUUGCCUGAUCUUAAUGAUUAUGAGGCAGUUGAGCACUUCAAAAGUCGCAUGGUUACUUCGUUCAUUAUGACCAGCUUCUGCCGAUACAACAGUCAAUAUAACGACGAAGUUUCAAGAAAGAAGCUUUUCAGCGCUUCUCUUUUGAAAUAUCUCGACGAGACUGGCUUCAAUGAAGCGCUUGGAAGAGCCGCAUGGCUCAUGAUAGGAAAUCCGUUGUUCACGGAAUGCGAGAAGAGGGCCUUCAACACCAUUUGGAUACUUCACAGUAGAUAUCCAAUGGCGCAAUCGAGUGACAUUGAGCAAAUCAUAAUUCGCGACAUAACCACUGGGAGCGAGGAGGCUCGCCGAGCGGCCAAAAGAAAAUUUCGUCAAGUUACCAGAAAUAAGGCGACGUUAAUGGGAUUGAAGGAUUUCAGUCGCGAACUAAUUUUGCUUGUCACUAAUAACGAUGGUUAA